AUAAUUAGUGGAGGGGAGUUUAUAUUGAAGGAAAAUGCGCUAAGAGUGUUAAGUCAUGACAAAAUAGAAUACAUAAUAUGUAUCAAUAUCAAUAACACGAAUAUUAUAAUUAUAAGGAGAAGCUAAAGAAAAUCUUAAUAAUUACAAAAAAUUACUUAAGAUUUUAAAAAUAAAAAAAAGUGCACUGCUGGUUAAGCAAAAAUUUUUGAAUAAACAUCAAUUACAAAUUUUAUCACGGUAUAUUCUCAUGAUAUCAUUCAAUAAAAGAUAUUAAUAAAACUAAUUCUUAAAUGCUUGCCGAAUCUGAUGAUACUGAGGAAUAACAAUCUUUAUUGAUAUCUCUGUUGCUUCGUUUUUCAUCACUAUUCUUUGCUAAACAUCUGCUAGCAUUCUUUGUUAAUACCUGAACAUUAUCUAAAAGAAUAUUUUAAAACACAUCCCUCCUAAUAUUUAUCAAACUCAACAACAUCCUUGAUAAUAUUUCUCGAGACUUUCAUGGAAAUGUAUUUGAUAAGGCUCGAAAAUUAAUUUUCGACGAAUGAUAUUUUUGAUGCAAAAAGCGAUGGCGGCACAGCAGCAACGACAGACAGUCGCAUUGACCGGCAUCUUCAACCCCAAGGAGCACAUGGUGUCAAGCUCGCAGUCAAGCAUCACGAUUGCGUCCAAGACAAGUAUGAGCGCAUCUAAGUCGAUGAUCAACGCGGCGAAUGUGGUUAAUCACUUAAUGAACGAUAUGCAAUCGCCGAUAGCUGAGGACGAGCUACUGUCCCUGCCAUUGGAUGAUCUCGAUCUAUUGUGUUCUAAGUCGAAUCCGCAGGAUGUGCAUUUUGCGAUUGCCAAGUAUUGUAGACUUCUUGAUAGCUUCAUGGGACGACUGAAGGCGAUCACCGAUGGCAACAAGAGCGGUAGCUGCAGCAAGGCACUGCAGUUGCUGAAUAAGGUGAGCGAGAUCAUUCGGAAAGCCUGGGCGGUGCCGAUACAUGAUCACGAAUUGGUUUACACUCUAUGCAAUACCCUGAGGACGCGCGGCGGUCUCGAUCUCUUAAUGUCGAACUGCGUGACAAACGAUCACGAGCUACAGUUCUCCUCGGCGAGGCUACUGGAGCAGUGUUUGACCACGGAGAAUCGCGCUUACGUGGUGGAGAACGGCCUGGAAAAGGUGGUAAAUGUGGCAUGCGUGUGCACGAAGAAUACCAAUUCGGUAAAUCAUUCGCGCGUUGGCACUGGGAUUCUCGAGCACCUGUUCAAGCACAGCGAAGACACGUGCAGCGAUGUGAUUCGGCUGGGCGGUCUGGACGCAGUGCUGUUUGAAUGCCGGCAGAACGAUGUGAAAACACUGCGACAUUGUGCAGGAGCGCUUGCGAAUUUGUCGCUAUACGGCGGCGCCGAGAAUCAGGAGGAGAUGAUAAAGCGUAAAGUGCCGAUGUGGCUGUUUCCACUCGCCUUCCACAAGGACGAUAACAUCAAAUACUACGCUUGCCUUGCGAUUGCUGUAUUAGUUGCCAACAAGGAGAUCGAGGCGGCCGUGCUCAAAUCCGGCAUUCUCGAUCUUGUCGAGCCGUUUGUCACUUCACAUUACAAGUUUGCUAAAUCGAAACUUGUGCACGCUCAUGGCCAGAGUAAGAACUGGCUGAAGAGGCUCGUGCCGGUCUUGCGCUCGAAGCGGGAAGAGGCCCGCAAUCUGGCGGCUUUCCACUUCUGCAUGGAGGCAGACAUCAAGAAACAACAGAGCAACAUUGAAAUAUUCCGGACGAUCGGCGCGAUUGAGCCAUUGAAGGAAGUCGCUAGCUGUCCUAAUGCGAUCGCGUCUAAGUAUGCGGCUCAGACGUUAAGAUUGAUCGGCGAGAAAAUUCCACAUAAACUCAGCCAACAAGUACCUUUAUGGUCCACCGAGGACGUCUGCGAGUGGGUGAAACAGAUCGGCUUUGCUGAGAUUGCCUCAAACUUUGUGGAGAACCGAGUGGACGGCGAUCUGUUACUGCAGUUAACCGAAGAGAAUCUACGAGAGGACAUUGGCUUAACGAACGGUAUCAUGCGCUAUAGAUUCGCUCGAGAGUUGCAAAAUCUGAAAAAGAUAGCCGAUUAUAGCAGCCGUGACACCGGUAAUCUAAAUAGCUUUCUGCAAUCAAUAGGCCAAGAAUUCUCCAUCUAUACUUACAGCAUGUUGAACGCCGGCGUAGACAAGGAUUCGAUAUGCAAUCUCUGGGAGGAUCAAUUGCUGAUCGAGUGCGGCAUCGCCAAGAGCAUGCACCGAAUCAAAAUCCUCGACGCUAUCAAGAACAUGCAGCACAAUCAAUUCAGCUCAUGCGAGUAUGAAUCAUCAGACAAAUCGCUCGACGUGUUUAUUAGUUAUCGUAGAUCGAAUGGCUCGCAGUUGGCGAGUCUAUUGAAGGUACACUUGCAGUUACGCGGUUUUUCGGUGUUCAUCGACAUCGAGAGGCUCGAAGCUGGCAAAUUCGAUAACAGUCUGCUGCAGAGUAUCAGGCAGGCUAAAUAUUUCCUCCUCGUGCUCACUCCUUCGGCUUUGGAGAGAUGUAUACGUGACGUAGAUUGCAAGGAUUGGGUGCACAGGGAGAUUGUUGCCGCAUUGCAAUCGCAAUGUAACAUAAUCCCUAUCAUUGAUAACUUUCAAUGGCCGGAACCUGAGGAACUUCCCGAGGACAUGCGGGCGGUUUACUACUUUAACGGUAUCCGCUGGAUUCACGACUAUCAAGACGCUUGCGUAGAUAAAUUAGAAAGAUUUAUGCGAGGCGAAAUAUCAGUGAGAUCUGAAUCCACUGGACUUUCGCGCAUGACAUCCAAGGACGUGACCCGGCCGAGCACACCAAGCACGAACAUACGACAGCCGCCUAACUAUCAGUGGAUGAACAGUAACGAGAGCAGCGAUAAAGAUUCCACGGGCGGACGAGACUUAGAUGGUCCGCUCACAGCCAUACCGAGAAUAAAAAAUAAAAAAUCAAAUCCGUCCCGUUGGUUGAUGGACCUGCCAUCCACGUCACUACGCCUCAAGUUCAUGCACACGCAUUCGGGGAAUGCCAGCGGCAGUCCGGCAAUGUCUCGCAGGCCACCACAGCAACCGCCUUCAUCAUCGACGCGUUCGCGUUCUUUAGAAUUGCUGCACCAACAAGAACAAGAGCGGAAGAUGUCGGUUUUCUCUGCGAUCGAUCUAAGACUACCGCUUCCCAGAUCCAGACUGAGGUCACGCAGUUUGGACAGUAUUCUGGAUGAAGACGUGAGAAGCAGCGCGGAAGAAUCCUGCGAGGAGCAAAACAAAGCGCAACGUGAGAUAAGUUAUUCGUUGACAAAUCCGAAGGAGGAUAAAACCAUUCCUGUUUCAGAAGAGAACGAAAAGAAGCCUAAUACCGAAGAAGCUAAAUCAAGACUAGUUUCCCAGAUGAAAUUGAAGAUGCCUGAUGAUGUCGAAUUACAGUCCGAAAUGGAGGAUGCGCGAACGCCCUCGAACAAGGAUGAAAAUGUAUUUUUCUAGACUGUUCUUUUCUUUUAGAGAACUCCGCAUUUGAAGACUCGCAUGAGUUCGAUAUUCAUAGCUUAAGAGAUCCGCCUGAUUAUCGUAAACUUGUAUAUUUUACCAAAGUUUCGUAAAGUUACGAGUUUUAUCGAGAUGAAUAUGUGAAUAUUUUUCAAAAAUAGAUUUUAUUUAGAAACAACAUCGCUUCUCGCCAGCUCCCUUUCUAUGUGCCUCGAGGAAAUAUUGCAUGAGAAAAUUUUCUUAUUUGUUCUUUUCUUUAUCAAAAAUAUCAUACGUCUAUUUUUUAUUAACAUAAUAAUAGGUACAUUCUGAUUAUAAAUAUCGCAAUAUUUUUCAUUAGUCAAUAUGAUAAACACUCAUUAUUCAUCAUUUAUGUUUCCAAGUUUUAAUAUUUUUUAAAAUAUUUUGUAAUCAAAAUGUCAUUCGAAUAAAAUAUAUAAUAAUAUAAUAACGUAAAGCUAAA